CUUCCAUCUACUACUUACCUCCUCACCUACCAUCAAACCAGACGACGCGAACUUAACUUAUCCUUUGAUUUCUGAUUGCCAUGGGCUACUUCGUGGAACACUAAAAAUUUCUUUUCGUUCUACACCAAACUUCCUUCUUACGUUGACCGUCAGUUAAUUCAUUCCCGGCCGACUAGUUUGGUCAUUGAGAUACCCCGUGAUAUUUGACUUCGAUUCAUUUCAAUUUCCUUCUUUGAUACCUCAACCUCUCCACGGACGUCGACAUAGAAUCGACGCAUACCAAAAGAUUAUAUUCAUUACCAUAUCAGUUUACUUACCUCUACGGACCGGGCUACAUGAUGAAGAUGCUAUUCGCCGUUGUCGCCCUCGUUCCCCUUCUCUUGGGUCAAGGUGGCGCCCAGAUAUUGCCUUGUGCAGCUGGCUGUGUCAGUGGUGUCUUUGCCAAUGCCGCCAACAUGGGAUGUGCCAUGAAUGACAUUCUCUGUGUCUGUGGCAAGUCUACCGAUUUUUCGGACGGUAUUCGCGAUUGUGUCAACCAGGCUUGUCCUGCUGCGGAUGUAGCAGCUCAGCUUCCUCUUGCCCAGAGUGCCGGUACCGAUCAAUGCAAGACUGCAUCAGCUGCUGCGGCAACUCCUACAACUAGUACUCCGGCGCAAUCCCAGGUUACUCCACUUACCCAGCAAGCCGCUGCUUCACCUUCAAGCACAGCAACAGAGACACCUGCUGAGACUACCGAAACUACUGCGACUCCUAUCUCAACAACUAGUCCUGUCUCAACGCCUACAGCACAAACUACCGAAGCGGCUCUUAGUGUCGCAUCUACCGACUCGGGUGCUACCAGCACGACCUCAGCUGCUGAUCAAUCUUCGACUGAUUCUGCUUCGACAGCUAUGUCAAGCACUACAGAUUCAGGUGCCGCAAGUGGUGCUACUGCUGCGGCGGACAGCUCUGGCAGUGGAUCGCCGUCUACCUCGAGUGAUCUGUCUGUUGCCGCCCGAGCUGGUAUUGGUGCUGGCUCUGGUGUCGCAGCUGUCCUACUUGGCAUAAUCGCUUUCUGUCUACUCACGCGCCGCCGAAAGCAGAAAAGGGCGGCUCAACAGAAGUCUAUGCAGAUCUUGCAGCCUCUCCCCGGCUCGGGACGACUGUACGCCAACAACAUGCGCCAGGCCGAUGCGUCUCUAUCUAAGACAUUCACUCAAUCGCCUCUAUCCAAGAAGUCGAAUCAACCUGCCGCGCGCGCCCCUUCGCCCACAACCCCGCCGUACUCACCCUCUGUUGCCUCUUCGUAUGAUCCGGAUCUUGACUUGAACGCGCGUCGAUACGAGGACCUGACACCUCGAACCCAGCCCCGAACGAUGAUCUAAUCGGUCUUCAUACGUUUCGCCUGCCUACCUAGGUAGGCACCGAAUUAUUUUCACUUGGGGAUUUUAUUAUAGGUGCGGAUGCGUUCUCCUAGAAAUUCGAAGUCGAGGACCAAUUUAACCCUACUACGGUGUUAUUUUUGGAGGCUUACUCUGGGAGGUUCACGCUUACGCCGGCCUUC